CACUAACCAACCAACUUCGUCAACAUUCAUUCCCAAUUGAACAACUUGGCUUCGUUCCUUGCAGGAAACGCACCACAACUAUUCAACUACCUACGAGACCUCCGUCCGCUGUCACUUAUCCCACAGUCGACACAGCCCACAAUGAAACUCGUCCCCUCUCUCCUCGCCGCGGCAUUGGCCCUGGCCCACCUCGUGUCCUCCACCGGUCUCGAGAUCGACUACCAGACGCCCGACAUUGAAUGCACACGAAAGACCCAGAAGGGCGACAAAAUCGACGUCCACUACCGGGGCACGUUGCAGAGCACGGGCAAGGAGUUCGACUCUUCGUAUUCAAGAGGGACACCGCUGAACUUUCAGCUGGGCGCGGGGAGGGUUAUCAAGGGAUGGGACGAGGGGUUGCUGGACAUGUGUAUUGGGGAGAAGAGGAAGCUGACGAUCCCGCCCGAGCUGGGAUAUGGCGAGAGGAGCGUUGGGCCGAUUCCCGGGAACAGCGUGUUGGUCUUCGAAACCGAGUUGAUGGGGAUCAAAGGCGUCAAGAAGGACGAGUUGUGAUCGACGAGAAAACUAUUGAUGAGAACUUGCGAUGCUCUUAUCGGUUCGGGCGGUGACCUCUGCUGCAUCGUUGGAAUAUGACGGACGGGGAAACACAUCAUCACAGUCAAUGAGGUCCAAAAGGUAUACCAUCGAAAAGGCGUUUGAAAACUGGAACGGUGAGUCUCCAGUUUUGCAGGUUGUCUAGAUAACAAUCCCGCUGUCUGUCAAGGUUUCUUGUUCGGGACGAGAACCAUGACAAGCGCUACUCGAUGACACCGUUGGGGGUUUGCUCUGGAGAAUUUGGCAUUCAGGAGUGGCCCCGGAACGCAUGUGCUUCAUCCUUCCUGUGAUGAACAGCUACCAUGACUGGCAACAACAUGCAACGGGAUUGACGCCGUUUGGAGAAGGAAAUGAGGUUCAAGUUGAUGGACGAGGAACAUACACAUAGAACUUCGGCAUCGCUCAUUGCUUCGAUCACAUCCAUCGCAGCUGGGGUAUCAUAAAAAAUGCCAUAUCUAUAACUGUGGAUCGGUUGACUCUG